AGAAGAGUCCCUAAACGCAGCGCGGAUUUUCUCUGCAUGCAUUCCUACAAACUUUUCUCCUCUCGUGCAGUGACGACGUUGCACCCCGCUGCCCACAUGGCAUGCGUAACGGGGACGAGUGUAUGGCUUUGCCCCCCUCCUCCUCCGCAGGAAGUCGUGGUUUUCACCAGCGCCUAGUGGACGAGGUGGCGCGAGCCCACGGGAAGAAACUUGCGUGAAAAUUGUUGUGAGCGUCGCGGAGGAGGAGGAGGAGGCGGAGGGAAACAUACCGUCAGGAUGAGGUCUCUGUCCGUGGUCCUGAACCCGUUGCUGUUCCUGCUGCUGUUCGGAUACUGCCCGUCAGCGACCAUCAGGCCGAAGGAGGGGUGGCAGGUGUACAGCUCCGCUCAAGAUGCAGAUGGCCGUUGUAUCUGCACAGUGGUGGCACCUGAACAGAACCUGUGCUCCAGAGAUGCCAAAGGAAGACAGCUCCGCCAGCUACUAGAGAAGGUGCAGAACAUGUCGCAGUCAAUCGAGGUGCUGAACCUGCGCACGCAGAGGGACUUUCAGUACAUCAUGAGGAUGGAGAGCCAGAUCAAAGGGCUGCGGUCAAAGUUUCGACAGAUCGAAUCUGACAGGAAGACGCUUGUCAACAAAAACUUUCAGGAGCUGAAGGGGAAGAUGGAGUCCCUGCAGCCGCUGAUUCCAGUCCUGGAGCAGUACAAGACCGACGCCAGGCUCAUCAUCCAGUUCAAAGAGGAGAUCCGGAACCUGUCUGCCGUGCUGAUGGGCAUCCAGGAAGAGAUGGGAGCCUACGACUAUGAGGAGCUGCAGCAGAGGGUCCUAAACCUGGAAAAUCGGCUCCGCAACUGCAUGAGCAAACUCACAUGUGGCAAGCUAAUGAAGAUCACUGGGCCGCAGACUGUGAAGACUUCAGGGACCAGAUUUGGAGCCUGGAUGACCGACCCGCAGGCGUCUCCCAAAAACAACAGGGUCUGGUACAUGGACAGCUACACCAACAACAAGAUAGUAAAAGAGUAUAAAUCCAUCGCUGAUUUUGUGGCGGGAGUCGAGUCGAGAACCUACAACCUGCCUUUCAAAUGGGCGGGAACCGACCACGUGGUGUACAACGGCUCGCUGUACUACAACAAGAUGCAGAGCAACAUCGUGGUGAGGUACAGCUUCGAGACGGGGCGCGUGGUCAGUCAGAGAGCUCUGGAGUCCGCGGGGUUUCAUAAUGUGUACCCUUACACCUGGGGGGGCUUCUCCGACAUCGACCUGAUGGCGGACGAGCUGGGCCUGUGGGCGGUGUACGCCACCAACCAGAACGCGGGGAACAUCGUGAUCAGCCAGCUGAACCCGGACACUCUGCAGAUCCUCAACACGUGGGACACGGAGUACUCAAAGAGGAACGCUGGCGAGUCUUUUAUGAUCUGCGGGACGCUCUACAUCACUAACUCCCAUCUCACCGGUGCUAAGGUCUAUUAUGCCUACUCCACUAAAACCUCCACGUACGAGUACACAGACAUUCCCUUUCACAACCAGUACUUCCACAUGUCCAUGUUGGACUACAACGCCAGGGACCGCGCCAUCUACGGCUGGAACAACGGCCACCAGGUCCUGUUCAAUGUCACGCUUUUCCACAUCAUUAAAACUGAGGACGACUCUUAAGCGGAGGACAAUUAUGUACUGUACAUGUAAAAGAUUAUGAAAACAAGGAAAAAAUUGAUGGUGGCGCCUGAUUGUUCUUAUAAAUGUUAUUUAUUUAUUUAUGUCAUUCCCCUGAUUAAAUGUUUUACCGUUAUCUUGCUAUUUGCCUGUUUUUAUAUGGAGAGUUAAUCAAUUGAGAUGUUCUCCGUGUGAAAACGUGACAUUUUCUCUUCAAUAAUGAGUGGCCACAUAAAUUAAAAUGAGUGCAUUUAUGAAAACAUAAUUCAAGUCAAACUUUUUCAAUUCAAUAAUGGAAGUAAUUGCAACUUUUAACACUAAUGACAUUUCUGUAAUUUUCUUUUUCUCUACAAAAUGAAAGCUUUGUCCAGAACAAAGUCUACAUUUUCAUAAUGGGUUUUCUCAUUCAGUAUUGCUUUUAUUCAUGCCCACUAAUGUAUUCAUACUUUUACCGUGUUCACUAAUUGUUCGUUUUGUUUCCAUUCUUUCCGUGCCAUUUAUUCAUCAUCAUCUUCUGCUAAUUUAUUCCUGUCUUUCACUGCCUCCAUUUGGCUUUCUAUUUAAUGUGGGACUUUUCCUUUCAAAAAAGUUGUUGCACUUGACCUGACCUUGUACAAGACAAUGAGAAAUGUAGUGAAUAAUGCACCUGUAUAGAUUCUGUACAUGGCUUUUGUGUGUCUAUGAAGAUUCUCAGUCAUCCGGUUCAUAUGUAUGUCUUGAAGUACUAAGUCAAAGUACUUCAGCAAACAGCAAAACUGGUUGCCUUUUAUUUAGUACUAUGAGAUAUUGGCUUUUUUGUAACUUUCAGCAAGUUUGUAUGCCUUAUUCAGUGCGGUUUGUUCUGUGAGCCUGAGGAUAACAGCUCUUGUGCAUGAAUGUUGGCUGUAGAAGCAUUUUUACUGUAACUGUACAUCUGUGUUUUUUGUAUCUGCACAACAUCCCAUUCUCCUCCUCUCAAACUAUAUUAAAUGGUCUAUUUAUACAAACAGCAGUAGAUAACUUUAAUAAGCAUUCAUUGUGUAAAUAUAUACAUAACCAAAAUAAAAAGUAUUGUUUUCAUUAA